AUGUUGAAUAGUAAUCAUAUUGAAAUUCUCAGCAAAAUUAAUGAAUGGAUGAAAGUUGUUAAACGUGAUAUUUAUGAUCCAACAGACAUUUUCACAAUUAUUACACUUAAUCAAUUAUUUGAAUUAGUACUUGUCAAAUAUUCCAGAACAAUCUUAAUGCUACCCAAUAUUGACAUCGUUAUGAAUUAUGUCAUAGCAAUGCGUGACAGUACAUCUGUACUUGUAGAUGUUCAAGGAAUUAACAAUUUUAUCGGCAAUGGCAAAGAAAUCCUUCAUGAAGUUCUUCAAUUAAAGAGUAAAUGCUCACUAUAUCGUGAAUUGUUAACUGAUUCGAUCAUUUAUUGUUUUGUUCCAUUGAUCGAUAUGAAUAGUAUAUUCCGCACAGUUGAUCGUCAACGAUAUCAAUUUCCAUCGACAAGUACAAACAUGGAUGAUAUCGUUGGUUUACCAAAACCAAAAGACAUUGAUAUCAAUAAUAUCAGAUCUAACAAGGAGUUUUUUACUCAUUUCAUGAAACAGAUAAAUGAAUGGUUCAAUUGGUUUGAUCGAUUCAUUGAUGUUUUUCAACAUAUUAUCGAUUGGUUAAAAACUCAUAAUGUUAAUCGUUCGAAUCAAAUAUUAAUUGAUUUAUUAAGAAUUCGUGAUGAUUCUAAAAUGAUAUUGAUUGAAACGAAAGUAACUAUUAAUUCUGCAUUGAGACUUUUACAGCCAUUCAAAGAUCUUCAACGUCUUUGUCAACUAUUCAAUUGCUUAAUUCCAUUCCAAAUUCUUAAUCCAGGAACAUUAAAUAUACAAGAGAAUACAAUAACAUUUACAGAAUUAAAACUUGUUCAACCACAUAAUACAUUUACAGUAAACGGUAGAAAAACACAUGAACAGAAUAUUUCUAUAACAGAUCGUCAACAAGUUCAAUGGUCAUUGGCCAGUGAAAAUCAUCCAUGUGAUAUUACUGUUGAAUAUCGAAGUUAUGGAGCAAAUAAUCAAUAUGAAAUAUUAUAUCAAAAAGGAAAUGUUUCUAUUCAUAGAAAUGUUCUUCAUGGUCAGUUUGAAACUCAGCGUAAUGGUCAAUUAUUAAUUACUAUUGAUAAUAAAGAUUAUGCAAAUCCUCUGACGGUUUGGUAUCGAAUUAAAUCUAAUCCUUUAUCAACUUGUCAUUUAUUUCAAGGUAUAUCCGAUAUGCAAUUUAAUAAAUAUUAUCGACCAACUUCUCAAACAAUUUCUGAAGUUGAUUUUAGUAAAUUACUUGAUCACGUAUUUAUUUUUAUAAAUAAACUUUUAAAUGGUAACAUAAGUUUAAAAGAGAUGGCAGAAUUACAACCUAUUUUCAAAGAUAAAAAUAUUAAUAUUCGAGAAGAAGUUAAAAAGUUAUAUAUAAAUCAUUCAAAUGAACAAAGUAAUAAUAGAGUAAAUAUGCCAACUACUGUUGCACAAAUUCCAAAGAUUCAACCAAGUGAACAAGAAAUUGAACAAGUUUGUGAAUGGUUACAAAUUUAUCAAUAUUAUAGUCAUCUUAAUAUUAUUAUGGAAUGUAUUGAAAAAUUUGAUCUAUUACCAACAGAUAAUAAAGAAGAAAAAAUUGAUCAUUUAAAACGUUUGAGUGGUAAUGAAAAUUGUUCAUUAAAAGAAAUAACUAAUGCUUAUAGAAUUUUACAAGAAUGUUUUCAAACUUUAACUCAUCAACAUUUACAAUUAAUUAAAACAGUAGUCGAAUGUUCUAAUGUUAUUCAAAUGAUGAAAAAAGCUGAUCUAUAUUCUCAACAUGGUCGACGUCGUUUUCAAGAAUUACGAGAUAAUUUAACAACACAAUUUCAAUUACAAGAAUUAAAUAAUAUGAUAUUAACCUCAUGGAUUAUAACUUAUACAUUAAUUGAACCAUUUACAUUUAAAGCAAAAAAUUUCGAUGAUUUUAUUCUUCGUCUUGCUCAAAUAACAAAAUUAGAAGAAAGUUCAUUGAAUCAUAUCAAAGUAACUAAUGAUAAUAUGCAACUUGUCACAAUGUGGUUAUCAGCAGAAGAAACGACAGUAUUAGACAAUGCUUUGAUUACUAUGGAACAUUUAUAUAAAAAUGGAACAGUUGAUAUUCAUUUACGACGUUUAACAAGACAACAAUCCUAUUAUGACAUUGGUUAUUCAAUUGAUCGUAUUCAAGUUGGAACGAAAACAAUAAGAAAUGAAAAUAAUCAAAACCUACAAGGUGGACAGAACGAUGGAAUUGAAGCGAAAAAAAUUUCAUUUCAAUUAUCAAUGUCAGAUGUUGAUGAUCAUAAACGGCAAUUAACAUUUUGUAAUGUUGAUGUUCAACAAAAUUUAGUCUAUAAAAAAAAUUUAAUCAAUGGACAAUUAAAAUUAUUGCAAACAAUUGAAAAUAUUUAUCAUAUUUUUACUAAAUUAGAAUUAGGUGGUCAUCCUGAUUAUCAAUUACGAGAUGAACAUUAUGAAAUACAUCUUCAAGGAAUACAAGCUGGUUUUAUGUUAACCGAUUCACGAACUUAUCAAAAUGCUCAACUAGAUAAUGCUAUUCAUACUCGAAUUCAAAAUUUAGAAUUAAUACACAAUGCUUUGAAAACUACGUAUGAUAUAUGGAUACAAAAUUUGAGUAAAUAUCGUCAAGAAUGUUCAUUAUUGAAAUUAUUUUCUAAUCGUGAAAUAAUGAUUUUGAUUAUUCUACUUCGACAAUCAAAUGCACAGAAUACUAUUCGAAAUCGAUUUUUGAAAAAACUAUUUGAAUUUAAAGAUUUAGAUAAUCAAAAUGAAGAAGAACAAAAAUUAACUAUUCUUUGUCUUGAACAUUAUCUUCGUUCAUUAAGAAUUUCUCAAGUAAAUUUAACGACAAAUCAUCUUAUUGAACUUUAUCAAAAACAUCGUAUUGAAGCCGGUUCAAAUACUGAUGCAUGUUUAAAAAAAUUAACAGAAUUUCUUAAAGAUGCAUUUGAACAUGUUGGAGAAAUAUUUCAACGACAUGAAAUACAUAAUGAAAAUGAACAAUUUAUAGUCAGUAUCAAUCGUCCUACAUUGAAUCCAAAUCAAAUCUCUUUUUCACAUGAUUUCGAUUUGAAUACUUGUUGUAUUCUUAUGAAUAUUUUUAGAAAUCAAUUACCAUCUUCUUAUCAAAUUCUUUGGUGUUCGAAUACAACAGAAGAAGAUAUUCAUUUAUUUUUUUCUCGUAUACGAACAUUUUCUUCUCUUACUUUUGUUAUUAUGGAUAUUGAUAAAAUGCAUUAUCGUCUCCGUGAAAUACUUUUAAAUGAACAAGAUUUAUUGACACGUCAACAAGAUAUACAUGGUCAAGUGUUUUAUUUUUCACGUGAAUUAACAACUGGUCGAAAAGGUCUACGAGAAUUUCAAAUACCAGCCAGAUACAAAGAUCCUAAUCAAAGUUAUCAACAUUUAAUGAAUUUAUUUAAUGAACAUCAUAUUGUAUCAUCACAAAUUCAAAUUAUUUAUGGUAAAGCGGGUAUUGGUAAAACUCAUCGUAUCAAUAAGGAAUUGAGAACUGAUCAUACAUCAUGUUUUAGUAUUAAUGAUAAAUUAAAUCUUUCAUUAUUAAUUAGUUCAUUUCUCUUAUUUGAUUCAAAGAUGACUAACAAUAAUCCAUCGAUUUUUUUCAAUAUAUCUGUUCAUGCACCAUUCGAAGCUUUAAAUCGAACAUUGUUUGUUCUAUUUAUUUGUGGUUGUUUAAAUGAUCCAACUAGUGGUUUGAUAUUUUCUUUACCACAUACUCAAUCAUGGAAAUUUAUGAUUGAAAUUCCUUAUUCGGAUGUAUGUGGUGUUGAUGUUAAAGAAAAUUAUAAUCAAAUUUUACCCAUUCUUUCAAUUAUUUCUCCAUUAACAUUACAAGAAGUUACCGAUGAAAAUUAUCAAUUAUCAAUAGAAAAAGAAGAAGAAGUCGUAGCACGAAUUUUAAAAGCAUUUGAAGAUAAAACUAUCGAUCGCAUGGCAGUAACAGAGAAAGAUGGUCCUGAUAAAGCCGUUAGUUUCGAACGAAUAACCGAUGUUGAUCAAUGUCGUACAUAUAUUUAUAAUUGUAUUCGAAAAUAUGCUCCAGAACUACCAAGAAAUAAAAUUUAUGAACUUUCAUUUACAAAAUUUUUAUAUCGUCGUAUACGUUUCUUUGAAGGACAUUAUUAUUGUUGGAAUCAAAAUAUUCAAUGUUUAGGUUCUAUUGCUAUGCAACAGAUGAUUAAUGAAGCAAAAUAUUUAACACAAAUUAAUUUUCAGGAUAAUAAUUAUCCUCGUGUUUAUCUUGUUUAUGAUCCUGGAUUUUCUUUACAUUUAUUACAUUCUGAUUGGAAUCAUGUUUCAUCUGAUUUAAAAGGUCUUUUUAAUAAUCAUAAUCCCUUUAAAUCCCUCGAAUAUCAAAAUAAAGAUUAUUUUGCUGAAUGUUUAGCAUGGUUAAUUGAUAUUAAAUAUGAAAUAUUUAUGAAAGUAGUUCAUGAAACAAAAUUUAUUCUAACAGAAAAUUUUGCUUAUAAACUUUUUCAUGUACAUGAACGUAAAUUAACAAAAUUAGCUUUAAUUAUUGAAGGUGAUACUGGUGUAGGAAAAACAUUUCUUUUAAAAUUUUAUUCAUUAUUAUUGAACUCGAAAAAUACAAGUGAUCCUAUUCAAGAAAAGAUUUAUCCAAAAAUCAAGGAACAUUCGAAUCAAUUUCUUCUAAAUAUUAUUGAAACGAUUAUAGGAAAACAAGCAAAUAUCUUGAGUACAUUUCUUCAAUGUAUUAAACCAAAAAUUUUAGAUUUAGACAAUGAUGAUGAAGAUGAAGCCGAACUUCUUAAUCAACGGCCAAUACCAUUACAAAUUCCACCUGUAGUAGCACAACAAGCAAAAAAUAAUGAACCAGUUGAUGAUGUUCUAUUAAAAGAAAUCAAGCAAUAUUUAAAAAAUCAACAAUUAAAGAAAACUAUAUUAUAUCAUAUCUGGAAAACGAUUCUAAACGUGGCAACUGAAUAUGCUACGGCUUCGACAGCUGAUUUAAUUCGAAAUUUACAUGAUUAUGUUACUAAUGAAUUAGUUAAUUAUCCAUUAAUAGGAAGUAGUGUUCGAUUACGAGAUUUACUUCAAGAAGUUAAUUCACCUACUACUGAAAUGUCUAUUGAAAUAUUCAAAGAAUAUUUAUUUAAUAGUUAUGUAAAACCUUUAUUUUAUCGUCUUCUUUUACAUCCUGGUGUUUCUGAAGAACAAUUAGUUGAAUUUAUGUCUCCGAUUUCUCAAUUAGCUCGAGAAUUACCAGAAAUAGAAAUUGUUGUUUUCUUUGAUGAAGUUAAUACAGCUUCAUGUCUUGGUCUAUUCAAAGAAAUGUUUAUGGAUGGUACAUUACAUGGUACAAAUAUACCGAAAAAUAUCUUCUUUACUGCUGCUAUUAAUCCAUUGAUAAAAAUCGAAGAGAAUACCGAACAAGUUCAUCGUAAUGAUUAUAUUGUUCGUGACUUACCUCAAUCCUUAAAAGAUUUAAAAGUUUCCUAUGGAGCUUUAGAAUCUCGAACAUUAGCUGAUUAUAUUGUUCGAAAAAUAGCCAUGUUUCAAGUUACUUCAUCAGCAAAAGGUGGUAAAACAAUGCCAUUAGAGGAUUACGUUCAAGCUACAUUAGCUGAUUCGAUCUUGAGAGCACAAGAAUUUUGUGAAAAAUAUCUUGGUCAUAAUUCUGUUUCACAACGAGAAAUUCAACGAUGUUUUAAUUUAAUCGAUUUCUUUUGGACUUUGCGAUAUGAUGAUGAACUUAAAUAUGAUCAAAAAACUUAUACACCUAAUCCUAUUCAAUGUAUUGCUUUAUCAAUUGCCUUGAUCUAUUAUUUUCGUCUUCCAACAAAGGAAGAUAAUUUACAACGUAAUGAUACAAAAACACCAUCACGAGACCAAUUGGCUGAACUUCUCUUUGAAGCUAUACCAGAUUUCGAUCAAGUUGUUCAAAAUGAACUUGAACGAUUUGUAAAUACUAAUAAUUUUACUAUUCCACAAGGUGUAGCAAUUAAUCAAGCUGUUCGAGAACAUAUCUUUGGUAUUGUAGUUAGUAUUGUUACACGAACAGCUUUAUGCAUCAUUGGUGUUCCUGGUCAAUCUAAAACAUUAUCUUUUCAAAUUGUUCUUCAAAAUCUACAAGGUGCACAUUUAUCAGCAAAACCAUUUUGUAAACGUCUUCCAGCUAUUGAUCCAUUCUUUUGUCUUGGAUCAAAAUACAGUCGCUCAGAAGAUAUUGCUUUCAUAUUUGAACGUGCUAUUAAACGUGAACAACAAUAUGAACAAAAUCGAAUAAAUACACGAUGUGUCGUUUUCUUAGAUGAAGCUUCAUUACCUGAUGAAAAGAAAAUGGUUUUAAAAGUUUUACAUCCUUAUUUAGAUGAUUGUAAAGUAGCAUUUGUAGCCGUUGCUAAUAAAGCAUUUGAUGCAGCGAAUGCUAAUCGAAUGAUAUGUAUUUAUCGUUCAUUACCAUCUGAAGAAGAUCAAAAAAUUUUAGCUUAUGGUUGUUUGGGUUUACAAUUAGAAAAACGACAAGAAAAUGAAGAUAAUCGUCUUAACAAGAUUAUUCAUGGUUUAUGUCAAGGUUAUCGAAGAAUUCUUCAUUCACCAGAUAUUCCUCAUAUAUUUCAUGAUCGUGAUUUUAUUUAUAUGUUAAGAGAAUUACGAUUUGAAUUGAUGAAUUUAAAUGAAAUUGAACAUACAAGUAUCGGAGAAAUAACACCACGUAGUUUAUUACGAGCAUUAGAAGAUAAUUUUAAUGGAACUCGCAUGGAAGAAUUUGAUAAGGUAGUCAAUACUUUUUCUACAGUUGUUGGCGAACAAUGUCCUGAUUUCUUUUCAUUAAUUAAUGAAAAACAACAAAGUCAACGUAAUGUUCCGACAAUUUUACGUAGUUCAAUGAAAUUAGAUCCAACACGUCGUCGUCUCUAUGGUAGAUAUAAAUUAAUUAUUGAUGAAUCUGAAGAUGAAAGUGCUGUUCGUCUUCUCUUUCAAUUGGGUAUUCUCAAUUCAGAUCCAAGUCAAACUACAGUUUUUCGUAUGUCCGAUUUUCCGAAUGAUGUUGAUAAUGAAUUACGAAAUGUUGAAAUUUUAUCAAAUAUAAAAUUAUGUAUGGAAACAGGCAAAACUAUCUUAAUGAUAAAUACAGGUCGUAUCCAUGGUUCACUCUAUGAUGUUUUUAAUCAAAAUUUUUCAAUUAUGGCUACAGAAGAAAGUAGAAAAAUCUUUUCUAAAGUAGCCAUCGGUCCGAAAACAAUCGAUGUCGUUGUACAUGAAGAUUUUCAAUGUAUUGUUCAUAUAAAACGAAGUGAAUUUAAAGAUAUUCCAGCACCAUUUUUAAGUCGUUUUCAAAAAUAUUCUUUUAGUAUAUCAGAUUUUUAUAGAAUUCAAUUAAGAGAAAUUCCUAUUGAAGAUCAAAAACUUAUGAAAAAUAUUGAAACAAAAGUUCGAUCAUUUAUUGAUCAUUUUGGAAAAGAAUACUUUUAUGGAUUUACUGAUGAAACAUUAUAUUCAUGUCUUUUAUCAUUUAUAAAAAGAAAUGCUCAAGGUGAACCUUAUUUAUUAAAUAUUCAUGAAAACUAUAAUCAAUUAACGAUUCAAUCAAAAGCAUUCAUUGAACAAGAUAUCAACGAUAAAAAACUAUGUUUUCUUUUUGCUAUUAUUUCAAAAUUUUUACAAUUAGCUUCACCGGAAUCAAUGAUAUUUAAAUUACCAACAUUUGAAGAAGGUACGGCUAGAUCAUUAUGUCAAAAUUAUUUUUAUCAGCAGGAACAUUUUAAUAUUGAAAGUUUUCUUCAUCAAUUGAUUUCUACUCCAAUAUUAGCCAAUGAAGAUAAUGAAUUAUUAGCAAUGAACGAUAAUAUCGAACAAAAAAAUAAUAAUAUUAGUAUAACAAGAAAAUUAAUUAUGUUUACGCGAACAUCAUCAUUUGUUAUUAGUUUAAAUAAACAAUCAAAAAAUGAAUUAUUUCGUAGAAAUGAUGAAAACGAUAUACUGAUGAAUAUUAGUGAAAAAGUUGAUAUUAUUAAUCUAGGAAUUAUUGAGAAUUCCAACGAAUUAAAUGAACAAUUUCAAAAUUUUGAACAAAACGAUCAAAAAUCAAUUCUAAUCAUUAUUGUCGAUGGUCGUAUUAAUCAACAACGUAUACAUAUUCCAUUUAUUCGACAAUUAAUUGAUAAAUCUGAUCUUUCUUGUAAUAAAACAACGGAAAAUUCUUCGAAAUUUUUCAUUAUUCUAAUUCAUUCAUCUGGACAAGAACUUAAUUAUAAAGCAUGUUUUCCUUCGAUACUUUUGCAUGAUUGGGAAUAUUGGUUUCUCGAUACAUCAACACCAGGUAGUGCAUUUCAUUUACAAAAAAUGUUACAAAUUUUUACUUCAAAAACUGGAAUAACUCAUAAAAAAGAAGCAUUCGAUAAUUCAUUUUAUGAUUUAAAUAUACUCUUUGAUGAUUGUCUAUGGGAUUUUUGUUCACGUUUACAAAUAAAUGUUCAUAAAUUAUCUAAAGAUAUGUUUAAUAAUUUAAAUGCUUAUGAAUUCUAUCAACGUCAAACAACAUCUUAUCGACGUGUACAAUGUUUGAAAAAUAUUUUUCAAGAAGUAAAUCAAUUACAAAAAUAUAUUAUAACAAGUUAUCAUGAAAAUGUAUCAAUGAAAGAAGAAUCUUUACGAAAAAAUUGUAAUUUAAUUUAUGAUCUUGCAAAAGAUACUUUAUGUGGAAAACAUUUUACUAGUAUAGUUGAUUCUUUACAAUUACAUAUAAGAGUUUCAUUUACAAAUUUUGUUUCAUUUAUUUUAAAAUAUAUUGUUGAUGAUUAUGGUUUAGAAUCUUUAAUUAAAUUAUCAAGUAGAGAUAGUGAGUAUAGCAAAUUACUUGAAUUAAUUGAUUGUGCAUCAUUUUCUAUUAAUAAUGAAAAACAAAAUACUCCUAUGAUGCAACCAAUAUUAACAUUAAAUGAUCAUUAUUCUUGUGUUCCUCAAACACCAUUAUUUUAUUUAUGUCGACAACGUAUCAAAAGUUUGGCAGAUGAAAUCAAAUCAACAUUGGCAAAUCAACAAAAUCAAUUCAAUGAACAAGAAGAUGAUCUGCGUUUCGAUUAUUAUGAUCCACAAGGUUAUAAUGAUAAAAAUGAAACCGAAAAUACACGAGAACAAUUUCGUAAUCAACUAGUUCGAUCGAUUACAAACGAUAAAAUUUUAGCUAGAAUCAUAUCAACAUCGAUUCUUCAAUCAUAUACAAACGAUUCAAUUCGAGUUCUUUGUACAAUUAUUGAGAAAAAUUUUCAUGAUAAUCAAAUACAAUGUCAAAAAACAAUUGAUUUUAUUUAUCGUUGGUUAUUAUUCGUUGAUGAUGAUGAAAAAGUUUCAUUAAAUUCUGCAUUGAAUCGUAAUAUUUGGCAUCUUGCUCAUGUUUAUUUAUCACUUGAAUAUGAUCAAAAUGAUCUUUUAUCAUUAUAUUCUGCUUGUCGAAUAAUAGAAAGUCUUGAUCAAAAUCAUUCAUUCUAUAAUGACCUUUUAGCAGAUGAACAAAUUUCACGUUCAAAAAUUCGAGAAAAUUUAUUUCAACUAAUGUUUCGUCAUUUAUGGACGCAUCUCUGUCAUUUAUGUCAAACUAAUGAUGAUCCUAAACAAUGGAUUCAUAGUUAUACAUUGAUAUCAAAAUAUUAUCCAUCAGAAAAAGUUUUACAACGACUCGAAUUUGUUCAUAUGAAAGUUAAAAUUGAAUUUAUAAAUUUAGUUUAUUUAAUUUUUCUUAAUGAAAAAACACCACAACCAAUUAAACUUAUUCAACAAUUAUUAAAUGAUACAUCACUGAUACAAGAUGAUAUUGAUGGUCGUCAUAUUAAUUUCGAAGGAUCAAGUUGUUUACAACUUUUACCUCGUAUUAUUCAAACAAUUGAUCAAUAUUUUGAAGAAAAUCAUGGUAAUAAUGGUACAUUAAUGAUUGAUAUUCAACAAUGGAUUAUAGCAACAUUAGAAAGCUCGAAAGGAUCAUCAUAUCAAGAAAUAAUAUCUCUAUUGAAAUUUUUAAAUCAAUCUACAUGUCAUUUAUCAUUACCCAUGAAACAAUUUCUUUUUGAUGAAUUAAUUAAAAUUUUAAUUGAAACUAGUCGACAAAAUCGUAUAAAUGCUCAACGACAAUUUAUAGAUUUUUGGGAUCGUAUUUCUUUUUUGUCAAUAAUGAUGGAUUGUAUAGAUAAUGAAAAUCUAGAAAAUUAUCAAAUACCUUAUCAUCCAUCUGUUAUUAACAAUCCAAAUCAAAAUUAUAUGUUAAUUGAUUUAUUUUUCUUCCAUCUUCAACGAUUAAUCAAUAAUGAAAAAAUUGGACUAAAUUUAAUCAAUAAAAUUCUUCUUGCAAGUUUACCAAAAAUCAAUAAUGUAUAUCGAAUUCCUAUUGCAGAAAAAAUAUUUAAACAAUUAAAAGACUAUUUUCUUUUACAAACAACAGCUUUGUUAUUAUGUCAAUCAGAUUUAAAUAAUGAAGAUCAAUUAAGAAUUAAUAAUAUUCUUACAACUGUUAUUAAUCAAUAUUUAACUAUUCCAACACCUAUUGUUCAACUAAAUAAUCAUAUAGAACUUUUCUUGUCAAUUAUAAUUACUAAACAAUCGUGGAAUUUUCUUCUUAAUCUAUUGAAAUCAGAACGUCUUCAACGUUUAAAUGUCCAAUGGGCAGAUGAAUUACAUAAAAUAUUCGAGUCGAAACAUAAUAUUCAACGUAAUAAAUAUCUGCAUUAUAGUCAUCAAUUACAAUUUACAUUAACAACUGAUGCUACUUCAUCGAUUUUUCCUACAUUACAUCAACCAUAUCAUGAACUAACUCAAUUAAUCGAUCAAUGUGUCAAAAAUAAUAAUGUCGAACAACGUUGGAUACCUUUAACUAACUGGAUACAAUCAAAAUUAAACUCAAAUCCACCAAUUGUCGAUGUUAUUGAAAUAAAAGUGAUGUUAUUAUUAAAUAUUUAUUAUAAUUAUUAUUGUAAUGCUCAAUUAGAAUCUCUUGAACAUUUAUUAACUAUUAUUGAAAAUACACUUCAACCAUCCGAUGAAGAACGACGAGUAUUUCGUGCUAUUUUACAACCUGAACAAUAUAUGAUUGGAUAUCCAAAUGAAAAUAAUAUUAAGGAGAAAAAUUAUCUUAAUGAUUUAUUCAAAACUGAUUAUCAAGAUGAGGGACAAUUACCUAUUCGUCAUACAAUGGUUAAUCUUUUGGCAAUGAUUUUACUCAGUGGAAAAGAAAAUACUCUCUGGACAUUUGCAUUUGAACCAUUGAAACUUGAAGAAACGUACGGUUUUGGAUCGACUGCAACUAGUCCUAUACAGCGUAAUGGUGUUCAUUAUGAUUGUGGAUGUGUGAUAUCUGAAAAAGGAGAAUUGCUUCAACAUUAUGGGGGAGGCCAACUCAGUGUUCCGGCUGUUUAUAUUGCGUAUUUCGCAACGUUUGGUGCUAUGGCUUGGCAUUUGUUAUUAUUUGAAUCAUCUGUAGACAAUCUCUGUCAUCCAAUUCUUGCUAAACACGCGGUUGAUCCUACAGCAAGAGACGAAAAGAUAGCUAAUGAAAAUGUUCGAGGAAAAGUAUGUUAUUUCGUUUGUACUCGAUUGUUAUCGCCGAAUUUCUUUCUCAAAUUACAUUCCAAUCAAGAUGAUGCUUGUCUUUUAUUUAAUCGGUGUUUUGAAUUAUUUGCUCAAUAUAGUCGUCAACGAGAUCAAAAUUUAUGGAUUAAACCAUUUUAUAAAACAAAUAAUGAAAAACUUGAAGCCGAAAAAGAAUUUCAAAAUAAAAUUUUCUAUUCAAUACAUCAAAAAUUAGUCGAUUAUAAAAAAAUACUUGAUACUUUACAAUCACAAUCUGAACAACAGACGAAAUUACAAAAUUACAUAUCUCAAAUGCCUAUUGUAAUUGAAGUUAUUCAUUUUAAAACUGAAUUAUGCAAUCCAGAAUCGACUCGAUUACCUUUGACAAUUUUACGACGAUUAUUGGAUUCAUUUGAACUUCUAAAAAUGACUCGAUAUGUUUAUGCUUUAAGUCAAUUCCAUGUUCUCUUACAUCGAACUUUUACACAAUUAAUUGAAGGAGAAGAAUUUCAUACAAUCACAUUGAAACAAUUAUAUGAACGAGCUUAUCAAGCUUCCAAUUCUUUGCGCCAACCAAAUCAACAAAAUAAAUAUCGUGCAACUAUUGAAAAUGGAAUCGAAGCUGUUAAUGCUUAUCAUACGUUUGCCGAUGGACAAAUUCGUCCAGGUGCUUGUGAUAUUACUCAACGUUUUGAAACCAUUUCUAUGGAAACAUCAAUAAGCUAUCUCGUUGAAACAGACAAUUAUGAUGAAGGAGAUAUUGUUAUGCGUAUACUAAGUGUUCUUGUCAAUUAUCAUAAUAGUCUUCUCGAAUUACUUCGAACAGAAAUAAAUGAAACUAGUGAUAAUCUUGAAUUAGGUCCAUUAAAAGAUAUUAUCAUUGAAUUAUCAGAAAGAGAAGUAUCUAUUCUACAAAUAGUUCAAGAAAAUAUGGGUGUCAUUACAUUGAAUAAAAUGAAUUGUCAAUGGAUCGAACAAUUAUCACGAGCUAGUCUGGAAAAUGAAAAAGAUUAUUUUCUAAAAUUGAAUACACCAUUAAAAUUUAAUUUUCUUUAUGUUCAAUCGUAUCUUAUUCGAACCUAUCUUCUUUAUUGUCGUAUUAAUUAUCAACAUAUUAAAGGAAAAUAUCAAUGUUAUACUAAACGAAAAACUCCGAUUACUACAAAUGAUUUUAAGAUCAACGAUGAUCGUAAUGAUAUGGACAAAGAUUCAGAUAUUCUAUCGGCUGAUGAAUGGAAUCAUUUAGAACAAAAAAAUCUCGAUCAACUUCAGAAUGAAUCAAAUUUUCUUCAACGAAUUAUAGAAGUUUUAAAUAAUUCUCCUGAAGAUUAUUCCUCUAUGAAACUCUCAGAAUUUAUUCAAAAUACAACUUAUGAUCAUCGAUUUGCUCAACAAUUUGAACAAUAUCAAAUUAAAGAUUUUCCUUUAUCACAAAUCGAAGCUGUUUAUCAUUUGUAUAAACAAUUGAUCAAUCAAUUUCAACAUGCAUUUAUCAAUGUAUCUCAUUUAAUUCGUACUCCUUUGGAUAAGAAACUUAACGAUGAACUUGAUCAUGAGUUAAAAUCAUCGUUUAUUCCUUCGAAUGAUCAAACUAAGAAAGAAGAAUUUAAAGUUAAGAUACGAACAAUAACAGAAUUUUUAAAUGAUCUAAAGGAUGUAGAAAAUCAUAUCGAGGGCCAAUGGGCUAAAUCGUUGGUAGAAACAUGCGAACAUUUAAGUAUUGAAAAUUCUAUUAUAAAAUCCAUACCUCGAGAAAUUAAAUGUGAAAAUUAUGUUCCAUUGUGUUUGAAAUUAAGUGAAAUACGAUCUCAAUUACAAGAACGAAUGAUUGAUAUUGAAGAAAAAACUAUAAGCCUUUGGAACGCUCGUUUUGAUGUUUCAGACACAAAUCAAUCGAAAGAGAAUAGUUUUCAAGUAUUUCGAAAUAAAGACGAUGAUUUUCUAAAUUUCAAUAUAGAUCCAGAUUCUACACCGGGUCCACAACUACCUAUUACUUCACAGUCAUCUAUUACCACAGAACCAACAAAUCCUAACAUAGAUGUAGUUGAUUGGUGGCAGAUAAUUGAUAUUCCGACCACUCCUACUGAGCCAUUGAAGCCUUCAGAUGUGCCAUCACCAGUAGUCCAUCAAGAAACAAUCAAUUAUACAUCUCCAUUUAAUCUGAAGAUAACAUCGAUUUCUUUACCACCAUCAGUUCUAUUUGAAACUAGUCGAUCAGAAGCAGAAAAAUCUGCAUCAAAAACGUCUAAUACGCGUUUCGUUAUUACAUUUAAAAAUGGUAAACAAGAAAAAUAUCACUGUAGACCUGAAAAACUCUAUAUACAAUUGAAAAAAAUUUUUGACGAGAAAAAAUAUGAUUUGAACACGAUUAGUAUUAUUGAUCCAAGUCAAAUAUUGGUUGAUUUUAUGAAAGCAAUUGUAAAUAACGUCUUACCUAUUAUAGAAACUGAAUAUUAUCUUAUUGAAAAAAAUAUAUUAAUUCCUAUUGUAUUAGAAUUUGAAAAUAAUCAAUUGGAAUAUUUUGCUAAAGGAGAAGCUACAAUGACUUCGAUCCUUUGUCGUUUUAUUCUUGACCAACAACUGAAAUUCACACCACCAGAAAAUUAUUUUAGUGUUUUUGAUUCGCUUGGACGAUACAUUGAUGCAGAUUGUCAAAUCAAAAAUAUUUAUCGAUCUGAUGAACAAAAUUCUAUUCACAUUCGAAUUCUCCGAUGCAAUGAGAAUGCUAAUAUCUGCUGUGAAAUGACUCUUACAGCAAAUCAAGAGAAAACACAAAGUCAGUAUUUUAAUCCAACCACAACUUGGAAACAAAUUAGUUUGUGGUCAAAAAUUCUCGACAUCAAAACAGAAACUCCUGUUGAUAGUUACUAUUUCUGGAAUACAGAACAGAAACAUAUUAUUGAUGAAGAUUUGACAAUAUCAUUUACACUUGGUCAAGCUGAAUCUAUCAAUGUCGAUGCACUCAAUAGAGAAAGUGUCAUGGAUAUAAUUCUUUCGUACGAUAAAAUUAGUCAAACAAUUCGUAUGCUCAACUCAUGUUCAGUUCAUUGUCUUAUAAGCGAUCCAAAAUAUUUAAAAGAAUUAAAUCUAAAAAUAUUGCCACAAGAUUGUACUCUAGUUUUUGUAUCAAAUGAAUCAGAGAAACAGAUUCUCAAUAAUUUAGAUAUGGAAAAUCCUAUUAGUUACUAUGCAUCAAUGACUGAAAAAAUAGUUCAUUUUCAAAUAUCUAUUCUUAUUCAAAUCAUUCAAUAUGAUGAUCAAAAUGAAAUUCUAAUUUCUAUUUCUCAUCGAAAUAUAACUAUUAAACAAUUAUUAGGAAUGAUUGAAAUCAAGGAUAAUUAUAAAUAUUUAGCAUCGUGUGAAACUAAAAUGAUCUUAUCUGAGAAUAUACAGUUAUCUGCAAUCAAUGAAACAAAAUUUUUCCUCGCGAAAGAACAUCAAACAUGUCUCGCAUCUAUUGAACAAUCUGAAGAUACACUCAUAGCAAUUAAUGACGAAAGUAUGCAAAAUCAACGAUAUCUUAUCAAUGCUACUGUGGGUGAUAUUUACAAACAUAAUAAAAACAUUGAUCAAGAUCAAUCUCUUCUCUAUGAUCGUGAUUUUAUUCCAUCACGUGAAAUAUCAUUGAGUUCAUUCCUAUCUACUAGAACUUCGACAAUUGAAUUCAAAUUAACCUAUCAAAAAUUUCAAGCAAAUAUUACAGUGACUAGUGAAGAACAAAAGAGUUCGAUUGAGUUUCAAUGUGAACCAAAGAUGACUAUUCGUCGAGCUCAGGAAAUUGUUUGUCAAUUAUGGAAGUUAAACCAAAAAUUCUAUCGUUUAACACUCUCGGACGGUUCGAUUAUUGAUGAGGAUGAGUCACUAAAUGAUACUGGUGAAUCUCUCGAUGAUCUACAAUUGAAAUUAUCUUCAACGGCUGAUGUCAAAUGUGCAAUUACUUAUAAGGAUGGAACCAUUCUGAUUUCAGCCACAAAUGAAACAUCUUUAUCAUCGAUUAAGAAAGAAGCUUUAGAAAAACUCUUAAUUCCAUUAGAUGACAUAGAUAUGUUUAAUUUAAAAUUAUUGGAUGAUCCUGAAUGUCCAACUAAUGUCGAUCUUGAUUCAACCAUCGAUGAUCUUUCCAAAGAUUUUUCUGUUGAAUCCGAUACUCUACCAUUUCUAUUAGAAAAGAAAGAAGAUGAAAGUUAA